AAAUGACAAACUAAAGGAAAAUUUCAUAACCAGGGCGGUGUGUCUGUAAAGACUAUAAAAGUCGCACAAUGCUGCUCAGCUCUUCACACUCCUAGCUGAUUCUUCUGGCUGCCUCACUGCCGGGCUACCGGGACACCAAAAUGAGUGUAAAAAAGUCUCCUGAAGAACUGAAGAGCAUUUUUGAAAAAUAUGCAGCCAAAGAAGGUGAUCCAGACCAGCUGUCGAAGGAGGAGCUGAAGCUAUUGAUUCAGAGCGAAUUCCCCAGUUUACUCAAAGGUCCAAGCACCCUAGACGACCUCUUUCAAGAACUGGACAAGAACGGAGAUGGAGAAGUUAGUUUCGAAGAAUUCCAGGUGUUUGUGAAAAAGAUAUCCCAGUGAAGGAAAAAAAAAACAAUAUUCUAAGCACCUGGGACAUAACCCCAUUCUAUUUGGAAUCACCAGUGUCUCUGUUUAAUUCUUUGCAAUUAUUCUGCGGUCCAAUUAUUGUUAAUAAAGAAAUUCUUUACAUGU